AUGCUUGUGUACUAUUAUGGGUUGGGUUUCUCACCAUCUAUGGGUACCAUAGAUUAUGUGAAAUAUUGGCCUCAACAUGUGAAGGAGAGAAUUAGAACCACGUACAUGUAUCUUGGCGCAUCUAUACUGAGCAGUACAGCAGCGGCAGCAAUAUGUUUACGUUCACCAGUCAUUAUGAAUAUGGUGAUGCGUCAAGGAUGGGUUUCCAUGUUGGUAACGAUUGCAGCUGUUUGGGGUAGCGGUAUAAUGUUGCAGAGUAUUCCAUACAAAGAAGGAUUUGGUGCAAAACAGUUAGCAUGGUUGGCCCAUACUGGUACUGUUGGUGCAAUUCUUGCACCUUUGUACUUACUUGGAGGACCUUUGGUACUUAGAGCUGCGUGGUAUACUGCCAGUAUAGUUGGCGGUUUAUCUAUAGUUGCUGUUUGUGCACCAAAUGAAACGUUUUUGAAAAUGGGUGGCCCACUAGCAAUUGGUUUAGGAGUCGUAUUUGCAAGCAGUGUGGGAUCAAUGUUUCUGCCACCUACAACAGCUCUUGGGUCUGGAUUGUACUCUAUGUCUCUGUAUGGUGGUCUGAUAUUGUUUUCCAUGUUACUUUUGUAUGAUACACAAAGAAUUAUCAAACAAGCUGAAACAUACCCAGUCCACGAACAUAUGGUGAGACCAUAUGAUCCAAUUAACAACGCGAUCUCUGUUUAUAUGGAUGUAGUGAAUAUCUUUGUAAGGAUUCUCACACUGCUGGCAGGCGGAGGAAAUAGAAGACAAAAAUAAAGAUGAGAAAAUUUACUUCA